UUGUAACCUUAUCAAUUACUGAUUACGAUUCAACGGUAAAUUGUUUGUUGUCGUUUCCAAGUGGGUUUAAAUUUAAAUCCAAAUUUAAAACCAUAGCCUAGAAAUAGGCAGUAAUUUGCGUGACGUCAUCACCAGGGGUUGCGAUUAAAAGGUAACCGCAUGUGAGUGAACACGCCGCUCAAUGACAAUGACAUCACGCAUCUGAAAAUUCAUUUUUUAUACAAAAUCUCAUUUAAUUAUGCGUACAAAACGAUAAUUAAAAAUUCAUUACUUCUAAUUGUAACCGUUUCGGAAAUUUAAUUAAUGUAAUAAUAAAAUCAUUAGUUAAUACUGCAAGUCAGAUUUUUCAUGUAUAUAUUCGGCAUCACGCUCCAAAAUUCAGUACAACAAUAGACAAAAGCUAAGUAAUUAUUGUGCUUCAGAGAGACAUGCAACUAUUAAAAAAAAGUAUUUAAUAAAUAUUUGUGGUGUAGGACUAUCAACCAUUUCCACGUAGAAACGGGUUUUGACGUUAUAUUGUUCAAGCGCGUUUUAUUUAUCAACAACUUGGUUCGCGAUUAUUUGUUUCGACAUUCGCACCUAUUGAUCUUUUGUUAACUGCAGUGAUGGCUUCUCAUUCCGAUAGUGAUGUCGAUGAUCAGGAUUGGGACGAGUUCGAAGAUGCGGUCAACGACCUUGACUUGCCAACCCCAGAAGGUGACAUGACUUUGGAACGUGCCGUCGAAGAAAGUCAAAGAGCCAUAAAUUACUUCUUUAACAACCAGUUCCUCGAAGCCCAAAAUUUAAUGACACCAUAUGCUAACACUAGCAUUUACCAUUCCUUGGGUCAUUCGGUUUUUUUGUUUUUGGAAGCUAUACUCACCUUCGAGCACAAAUCUAUAAUAAAUGCGUCGACGGCUCUGAAGCAUGCCAUCCGGGUGUGUAAUAAACACAGGAGGAAGAACACAAUCGGGGAGUCGUUAGGGAAGAUGGUGAAGAGAAAUAAUUUUGAUCAGUAUUCUGAAGAAGAGGCGCAUGCCGAGCUUUGCCACGCCGAGUGCCUUUUGCUCAAGUCCAUGUUAACGUUCAUGGAGGACGAAACUUUGAGUAGUUUCAUUAAAGCGGGAAUUAAAAUUCGGUCAUGCUACAAUUCCUACAAGGACUGCCAACAGAUCUUAGCCAAGAGUCAGUGGGGGGAGAAUUCGACUAUAGUCCAUUUCGAAAGCGGGGUGAAAAUGGGAAUCGGUACUUUCAAUCUGAUGAUUUCCAUGUUGCCUUCAAGAGUUAUAAAAUUGUUAGAAUUUAUCGGGUUCUCCGGGAAUAAACAAUUGGGUCUGCAUGAUUUGAUAGAAGGUUACAAGACGGACGGGCUUAGACAAAUCUUAUGUUUGAUGACGCUUCUUGGAUACAAUUUGAUAGUUCUUUACGUAUUAAGCCAUCAAGAAGGUGAUAUUCAACUUAGCGAGGAAAUUCUAGAGAAACAAUUAAAAAAACACCCUGAAGGAGUUUGGUUUUUAUUUUUUAAAGGACGUUUGGAAUUCAUGAAAGGUAAUCUUGACACGAGUAUAGAAUGGUAUAAGAAGUCUUGGAAAUCCCAGAGUUUGUGGCCACAGUUUCAUCAUGUUUGUUUCUGGGAACUUUUAUGGGUUCAUUGUUUAAAAACCGACUGGAAAGAAGCGCUGGUUUAUUGCACGCACCUUCUGGAAGGUAGCAAAUGGUCUAGAACUAUAUACAGUUACCAAAAGGCCGCACUGAUGUGUAUGAUGAAGGACGAUCUGACGGCUUCCGAAGUCACAACUAUUGAUAGUCUAAUGAAAAAUGUACCUAAGUUUAAGCAAAGAAUUGCUGGAAAAUCGUUACCAAUGGAAAAAUUUGCUGUGAAGAAAGCAGAACGUUACUUCGAACAGGGUCAUCAUCUUGUCUUACCAGUAGUAGAAUUAAUGUACAUAUGGAAUUUAUUUAAAACAAUGAAAAAUUUUAAUGUCGCGAAUACAAUGUACAAAUUAGUUGAGAAGGCUCUCAAAGAACUAAACUCGCAAACAAGUUCCAAAUAUUACGCCGACAAUAAAGGACUAGUGUUACUUCUUCAAGGAGCAUGCUUGAGACAGAUGAAGAGUCCUUUACAAGCUCUCAACUGUCUCGAAAAUGUUAUAGCCCUCCAGAAAGAUAUCGUCGAAGACCAUUAUCUAGUUCCAUAUGCGAUUGUAGAAUUGGCAUUUAUCGAGUGGGAGAAAGGAAACAAAGAGAAAGCUGUUUUAGCUCUAGAAGAUGCUAAGAAAAACUAUUCCGGGUACUCUCUCGAGUCAAGGUUGCACUUUAGGAUCCACACAGCUUUGACUGAAUACAAAGCCGAGAUGAAAAACUCAAAGUAAACUUAACCAAAUAACAUAUUUUUAAGCGCAUUUUAUUUACAUUGUGUUCCUGUUUGCACCAUAACAACAUACCAUUUUAUAAGUACUGCUAUAAGUACCAAUAUAUUUAUAAACUUUGUGAGGCUGUGUUGUUAUAUUAUUUUAUGUUGUUUAUUUCCUAAUAAACUUGCAUUUAAUUUGUUGAUA